AUGUGGACUGUAACUCGACUCCAUCUGUCAGGGCACAGCAUGUUGAAUGUCAGUUGCCAAAAGCAUCGACUCUGUGGUUCCCCUUCACUCAAUCGCAGAGAGAGCCCCAUGGAGCCUGCAGCAGGAGAGACACCCACCGGGGCCGGGGGCCUCCUCGGGGUCCCAGGCCUCAGCGGCAGCUGGGACGGAGACGAGGACGAGGAGGAGGAGGAGGUCGGCGGCAUCAAGCCCAAGUCGUCCCCCUGCCCCCGGAGGAAGACGUCCGUGUCGAGCGAAGACUCUGAGCUCGAGCUGCCCCCGUCCAGAUCCAGGAGGGUGUCCUUCGCUGACGUCCUGGGGCUCAGCCUGGUGUCGGUGAAGGAGUUUGACGCGUGGGACGUCCCCAGGCUGCCCGGCUGCGGGGACCCUCUGGAGGGAGACGGGAAGGAGGUGGAGGAGUAUGACCUGUCCACUCUCUUCACGCUGCCGCUGCCGUCCCAGGAGCUGGCACUGAGGGUCAGGCAGCAGAAGCUGGAGCUGGAGAGCGUUGAGCUGCUCCCAGGGACCUCCAUCCUUAGAGGGGUCAUCCGCGUCCUCAACCUCUCCUUUGAUAAGAUGCUGUAUGUCCGCACCAGUCUGGACGCGUGGGCGAGCCACUUUGACCUGCUGGCAGAAUACGUCCCGGGGUCUGGCGAUGGAGUAACAGACUGUUUCUCUUUCAAGCUCACCCUGGUGCCUGCAUCGGGCUCGCAGGGCGCCAGAGUGGACUUUUGUCUCCGCUACGAGACCCCAAUAGGCACUUUCUGGGCCAACAACAGUGACAGGAACUAUGUCCUGUUCUGUCACCAGAAAGUCAAAGAGACUAAGGAAAAACUGCAAAGUGACGCUCAAAAGAAAAGUUGUCUCAAGGCCAUAAGUCAGAUAUUUACCACUGAGGAACACUUUUCAUCAACCAAUGCUGAACAUACAGGUGUACCCCAGCAUGAAGACAACAAGCCUGUGCCGAACAUCGACAGCAUGGGAGCAACUGAGGAGCAGAAACAGAAACUGAUGGUGGAGAGCAGACAGAACUGUACUCGAAGGAACCGCCGCAAGGAAGCGAGGAUGGCACGCGUUAGGGACUACUUUUCCCAGAGAGACGACUUUACAAGUGAAAACAAGAACAAGCCAGUGGACCCAUCUCAGCCUCUGACAGAACACAACACACUUCCUGUGAAAAGCCUUCCAAGUGGACCAGAGACACAACCACAGCCACUAAAGCACAACACAUCCAACAGACUGCAAAUUCAAUCCGAUUCCAUGGCGACGUUGGACAAGACAGGCAGGCCUUCCACCAAUGAGGCUGCGGGAUCUCAGGACUUUGUCUCGGCUGUCGGCCCUAUCACGUCAGACCUGGGAGGGUCUGAGGUCACUAUCAUCUCCAACACGGAUGAACAUGCUCCCUCCUGCCAAACAGAUAACAUGUCUUAUGAGAUGGUGGAAAGUAUCUUGAUGCAGAUGGAGAAUACUGUGGUGGAGGAAAGAGGUGAAUCAGAUGACCCAGGUGUAGGGUUUCCUGAUGAUGUUGUUAGUUCUGCAGUCCCAGUCAGUCAGACCAGUGGCGUCACAUUUGGAACGGUUCUGGCUCCACUUUACCACCAGGUGUUUUGUCAAGUAGAAAGUGACCGUCAGAAUGUAACCAAUAAAAGGAAUCAAACAAGUCUAUCAAGGGGAAGGUUGCAUGAUGGAAAAUCCGCUACAGGCAUUUCCCAGAGAUACGCCUCCACACAUGAAAUAGACUACGGUUUCAACUUGACAUCAGAUUCUGGUGGAACUCAUGUAGAACAGUCAGGGAAUCAGAGAGAACCGCUUAAAUCAGAUGCUCAUUGGUUAGUACUUGGACUGAGUGGGCAGUCUAAACCUGUCUCUGAUGAGGCAGACAGAUGUGUUCCCAGGACUGGUCCAGACGUGCUGGCUCCCACAGCACUAAUCCCCGAGGCCCCCCAAGGCCCAUCUGAAGCAGACCACUUUCCUCACCAGGCCAAGAGGAAUUCCUCGUCUCAAAUCCCACCCGAGGUCACAUCGGCACAAACACAGAUUGUAGACACAACAUCUGCGACAACACAGAGUGUUUUAGACAUGGUAGGUUUACAAACACAAACUCUGGUCAGAGUGCCAGAAAACCCCAGUCCUGAGAUGGUCCCACAGGAGAGUUGGGGACCAAACCUUGUGAGCGUAGAGCUGCCAGAGGAAAGAGGGAGUCCUCUCACAGUCCCCACUGGUGAACGGUCCACAGGGACAGAUAGGUUACAUACAGAUACGGUCAUGUCAGAGCUUAUAGAUGGUGACCUCAGAGUUGAGUCAUCCACAACCAAAAUGCCAAAUCACCCAAGUAUUGAAAGUAAGCCAUCUGUAUACACCCUGAACGCAAAUAACUGUGUGGCUGCAAUAGAAAAGGAUGGCCCUGUUUUCCACAAGGAUUGCAUAUCGCUGGAUAGUGAGAAAGGAUCUGACAAAGAGGAGGACGGCUUUCAGUCAGACGACUGGUGUGGUGAAACAAACCUACCAACAGAAGGCGAGGGUGGUGGAAAUAUUCGGGAUACGAAGGAUGUCAUAGAAUAUGACUCAAAGUCUGAAGAGGGAGAUAAAUUAGCUGUGACAUUCACUGAGAAGGAUGUUGGCUUUGUAGAAGAUCAUGAUGGAUCCUCAAAAGAUCCACAUUUUGAUGAGAGACAGAAGUGUGACAACCAAAACGUUGAUGAAAAAGACUGGGAGAAGAUUGUAGAGGAAGAAGAGGAUAUGUGGCUAGAUGAAGAUGGAGAGGAAAGCAAGAUUGAUCAAGACGAGAGAGAGGAGGAUAGUGAUGAGAGGGUUGAUAAGGUUUUGGAAGAGCUGGUGGAGAAGGAGAAGAUGGUAGAACAAGAACAAAUGAUAGUUGAAGAGAAGGAGCAGGAGGAGAUGUAUGUAGAUGAGUGUAGGAUUGAAGAAAUAGAGGAGAGGGAGGUGGAGUUGGAUGAGAAGGGGGUGGAGAUGGAUGAGAGCGGGGUGGAGAUUGAGGUGGAAGGCUCGAAAGAUGAGAUCAAGGAAGAAGAUGAUGAUGAGCUACAGUUGGAGGAAGAGGAGAUGGUGGAGGAUGAAGAAGAAAUUGUAAAUAAGGAAGAUGGAGAAGAGAUUAUUAUUGGUAGAGAGACAGAUGAGGUCGAGAUAGGAGAGCGGGAUGAAUACACUGACGGAGAGCAGGACCAGAUAGGCAGUAAGGCACAAAAUGAAGCUGCAGAUCAUUUACUAACAGCAGAACAUAGAAACAGCACAUUUGAGAGUGGUAGUGAGGUCGAGAGAGUCAACGCAAACAACUCUAAGAACACAGAUGUAGAGGACAGCAGAUGGGAAAGGAAUGAAGAAAAUCUCUAUAUUGUGGAAGAUGCUCCUUACGAUGACUGUGCAGACCAUGACAACGACCAGUACAGUGUGGUAAGAGAAGAGAUGGACUCUGUCAAAGGAGACGGACCGCUCCGAGCAGGUAAACCUUGCUACGAGGACGGGGAUGAGCGCAGUAUUUCCACUGAAUCUUUAUCAGACGACGAGAUGGAUUUGUACCUGCACAGCCUGAGGGCCGCACAGAAGCAGGGUGCUGCUCUGGCAGAGGCAGGCUGCAGUAAGGACACACCUGUAGCUACGAGCUUUGGAAAAAGACCUUCAAUAAGCAGAAGUAAACAACUGCCUUCCCCCAUGCCGUCAAUCAGCGAGUCUGUGGACGAGGAGCAACCCAAUGACGCUCUUGAGGAUCUGCUGGACUUUGAAACGGUGGAUGAGCCGCCCGUUACUUCACUGUCUGCACUAUUGAAAGGAGAAGGCAGUGCAGAGAACAAUCUAGCAUGGUGGAGGGAAACGUUCUCCUUUCACAGCAUCUCCAAAGCGCUGAUGUACUCCUUCCUGUUAGUGGUGUUCUUUGUUGUGGCGUAUCAUUAUGACUUCCUGGCCUGUUUCACUCUCUACUUGUUCUCUGUACUCUGGCUGUGCUGCCAGGGAGAGAAACAAACUGAGAGAGACAACACAGUUCAGGAACGUACAAGCCCUGAGCCUGUUACCCAGAAACAUCCAUCAGUGUAGAUGCUGUCUUCUCUUAUCACGUGCCUUAUCAGAACAUCUUCGUUUGUAUGUAUUGUAUAUUAUCAGUGAUUCUACAAAAGAAGAUAGAAUGGUCAAACAAUCUUUUUGUGCAGUUUCUGUAAUCAAUUGCUGGAUUACAGUUUACACAAAACAUUUACUAUAACACAGUAUAUCACUUCAAAAUGUGAUAUCACUAAAAAGAUAUACAUUCAAUAGUAUACGGUUAAUGUACAUAUAUAUGUAUGAUAUUUAUUUUUUCAAACAAACAUAGUUUUUCUGACACUGACAAUGCAUUGUAGCUCACAGUAGGCCUAAUUACAAUUGAAAUACAAUAUUUGUCCAAUUAAAUAAUUUCCGUAUGAUAUCUGCACAUUGUCCAAACUAUUGCUAAUUGUUGACUGUUGUUUGAAUGAGCCGCAAUUCAACUCCUUUUCUGACAAAAAUAUUUAAAAAAAUGGAUUGAGCGACCCUUAGGGUUAGUCCUUUAAAAGCGUGCAAGUAUGUUAAACUGAGAUGGAACGCUGUCCACAACCACCAAGACUACAACUAAACACGUUUUUUUGCAGACUGUGUCUGGGAUAGGAUAGCUGUACUUGUAACUGAAACAGAUUUGAUUGUUUAUAUCAAUCCCUCCAGAGUCUGGUGCAGAACAUUAUUGUAUGAUUUCCAUUGAUAUAUAUAUUAGUUAUUUAUGAAAAUGUUUCAUGAUUAAUAUGUUUGCAGGUGCAAUAGUAAUUAUUCAUCUGUCAGUGUACAUUAUUUUAGAUUUUGUAAAGAAAGAGGUGUACAACACAUGAUUUCUCUGAUGAAGAUAUCAACAGCCUGAAAUGUAUUGUGGUGCUCCAUUCAUCACACCAACAACCUUUGGAGAAGAACUCUCCAUGAUGUCCUAGGCUGUCAAGGCUAGGCUGUGAGGCUGUAUUUUAAGCAGACAUAUUAGAUUACAGUGUCCUUGAGAUCACUUUAAACAUCCUGGUAAAUCAGAAUAAAAACUGAAUAUGUUGCCAGUCUUAUAAACAGUCAAGUUAAGGUGUCAUUGCCACCAGAAGGUGGAAAUGUACCGCAUGUGGUAGGUAACUUGAGUUAUACAGACGCCUACUUUCAGUUCAUUUUCAGAGAGCAUAAAGCUGACAGGGAUGAACUUUAGAUGAGCUCUUGGUAAAGUAAAACAUGCAUGCAGUUAUGAAAAGAUCUUAAAUGUCUGUUUCAUAACAGAAUGAUCUGCAGUUAAUUAUCUGAACACUAUCAUGUUGAGGGAGACAAACUAUCCAUCGUACAAGUUAAAUUACGUGCCAUUACCUGAAACACCAUAGUAUACAAAUAAAAUCAUACCUGCAUUUUGGCUUUGAAUUACAUUUCUUGCCGUGCAUGCAUUAGUCGUUCUGAUAUGUUGAAUGUUUUGUUUUGCUCAAACCUUGUUAUCACUUGUAGUCAUUUCUGUUUAAAAAUGUUUGUAGCCUAGCUACUUCACUUUCAGAAGCGGCUCAUGAAGCUAUUCACAUCAUCGCACUUGACAUUAUGAAGCACACAUUCAUGAGCUGUGUUUAAUCUAAAAAGGGCCAAAACUAGAUAAAUACUUGUUAAGCUAUACUUUUGCAACAAGUUAUUCUUUUACUGCACAUCCUUCGUUCAAACCACUGUUCCAAUGUCCCUGGGGAUGAUACUGGUCUCCAAAAUAGUGCGAAAUGAAAAAUGCAAGCCGACGACACGGCCCAGUGCACGUACGCUACUUAACGUCCUGUUACUGCAUCGGUCCUCACUGUUCCACCUCCCCACGGACCUCUCUGCUUACACAUAUCAAACCCAGAGCGGUAUUAGUCUCCUGAUCCAACAUCAAAGAUCGUAAAGCACAUAAACAACACACAUGAGACGAUGAUGAAGAUGGCCAUACUGGUUGCACACUGUUUGAGUAACUUGAUAGCCAGUGCCACUAACUUUGACCUUUGAACUUAAACAUUUUGGCUGUGGUCGGGCCUUCCCAGCUGCAGCUGCUUGUCAGGGCCUCCAUGACUGUCCUUUGCUAGGAUUAUCACUCCCUUGUGCUUCACAGACGAACAAGUGGUCAUUUUUAGCCAGCGGAGAACCACAAUGCCAUAUUGACGUGGAAGAUACGUCAGACACAUCUGUGUGUUCUGAUCAGUGUGAAUUUGUUUCCUUAUGACUUAGAUUUAAGUCACAGCUUGUUGGCUGAAUUAUUUUUUAAGCCAUAAUUUAUGUUAAAUCUAAAAGGUAUGGCAGUGUGGUGAAUGAUUGAACAAAACACUGUCAGUAUAGUCAAAUAAUAUUAUGUCUGUCAGUGCCAUGUCGUUUGUUUAUCUUUAAGUCAUGUGCCAUAGAGGUCAAGGUGUCAUGUUAGAGUUUAAUGGCAUGGCUGCCUUGUGCCAGAAGCAGGGCAAUGACACACACGAGCCUGUGUGAAUCAACCUGUGACUGAAUCACACCAUGUCAUCAAAGUGUAAAAAAAAAAUGAAUUUUGAGAUCCAACAACUUUCCUUGUAGGAUCUCCCUACUGCCGUUAAAGAUGGUUUUAGCAUUUAGACUGAUUAUAACAUUGCUGGAAAUGUUGCUGUCACUAUUACACUACACGUUCUGCUAAAUGACUGGAUGUUCAUGUUUAAGUCCUCACAUGAUGCUGAUGCCAGCUGUCCUCUAUGGAGGAAGUGGAUACAUCACAUGACACAGCAUUAAAAAUAACAGCUGUGACACUAUUUUUGUGACCCAAAAAGGGCUAAAUAAAUACCGAAGACACUAUCA